GGCCAUUGGAAAAGCGUUUUAAGAAGGACGUACCGACUUUGUAUACUUAUCGCGCCAAUUUCUUACAAUUUAGUGACAUUGACACAUAUCUUCGUUGAUAAUUUCGUUUGUGCCUCACAAAAAGGAAGGUAACGUGGUACGAUAAGGAGGAUUCUACUGAUUCUAGUUGAAGACUUCAGAUCCAGCCAGUAUCAGUCUGUGGUACUCUCUCGAGAUAAGAGGACAGCAAAUGUUCAGAUGAAUUCGAUUCGAUAAAUUAUAAUUGUUGUGUCGCCUUCAACGAGACUGAUCAAGUGUCAGUGUGCCGCGUAGACUGAAUGUUAAACGAAACUUUCCUACAAUAGUGCGUGUGUUUGUGUCUUCAAGUACUUAAAUGAAUAACAACAGCAACAAAAUGAAGUCUAAACCGAAAGGAUUGAAAUAUAUGUUUUCCGGAACUUGGCCCCAAAUAAUAGCCGUUUUAAGCUGUACUGUCAGCGCCAUCGGUGACGGCAUGCAGUAUGGUUGGUCAGCCCCCAUCAUCCCAGUGUUAGAAGGACCUGACAGCCCCGUGAAGAUAACUGACUCAGAUAAAGACUGGAUCGAGAACAUCUACCUCAUAGGCGGCAUCUUCGGUGUACCCAUUACCAUCCUCUUGGUAGACAGGAUAGGCCGAAAGUAUUUGGUAAUAGGCGCUGGAGUCCUCAACCUUGCUGCUUGGAUAGUAACAGCCUUGGCAAAGCACUCUACUCCGCUUCUCAUAGCUAGAUUCAUGACUGGAAUAGCUGGAGAUGUAGCCUUCGUAGCCGCUCCCAUGUACAUCGCAGAAAUCGCCGACCAGAAAAUUAGAGGCUUCCUGGCCACCCUCAUCUACACCAUGAUGCUCAUCGGCAUCUUCCUAAUCUACGCCAUAGGCCCCUACGUGUCUGUUUUCGUCAGUUCUUGCGUUGGUGCCUCAUUUUUGAUAGUGCAGCUGAUAACCUUCCCCUUCAUGCCAGAAACUCCCUACUUCUACCUCUGCAGAGGCAAAUACGAAAAAGCCAAACGGUCAUUAGAACGCUUGAGGGUGAACCCAGACGUUAACAAGGAGAUGAGCGAGAUGAAAGCAGCCAUCGAACGACAAAAGACAGAAAGCGGAAAACCCAAAGAUCUAUUCAUGGAGAAGAGCAACCGCAAAGCGGUCAUCAUCAUGGUGGUCCUGAACGCCGCGCAGCAUCUCAGCAGCAUCAGCGUGAUGUUGAUGAACAUGCACAUGAUCUUACAAGCCGCUGGGUCCAUAUACAUCCAAACCAACUACGCAGCCAUGAUUUUCUCGGCUCUGAUGAUGUUUGCAGCCAUGGUAGCUGGCUUGGUUUGUGACAGGUUUGGCAGGAAGAUCUUGCUGAUAACCUCCAGUAUUCUGACAGGAGCUGUUUUGCUCAUCCUCGCCAUAUUUUUCCACUUGAAGGAGAUAGGUAUGGAUGUCGAUUCGGUUAGUUGGGUGCCAGUGUUAUGUGUUUUGAGCUACGCCCUCUUCUUCAAGAUCGGUUUGGGCAUCAUCCCCAUAGUGUUGACGGCGGAGCUGUUCCCUGCUAAGGUUAAGGCCAUGGGAAUGUCUACAGCUGACGCUUUGUACCUAAUAUGGGCCUUGAUUUCCGUGUAUCUGUUCUUGUACACCUCAAGGACCUUCGGUAUGUCAGUGCCUUUCUAUAUAUUUGCCUUCUGCUCCUUGGGAUCUGCCGCCUUUUGUGCUUGGGUGGUGCCAGAGACCAAAGGGAGGACGUUGGAAGAGAUCCAGAUGAUCCUCAAGGGUAUUCCAGUGACCAGAGCCAGUCUGGAGCUUAUCGAGAUCACGAAGAGCAAGGAGAGCAACCUAAACAACAAGGAAACUUCACCAGAAAGCCAGGCCUUCUUGGAGGAGGCGUAGGUGGUUUACGAUGUACCUUAAUUAUGCCAAAAUGUAAGAUAGACGGGCACUUGUGCAAACUUGGACCUGGACCAGUUUUCGAAGAUAUUUAUGUUGAUAUGAAUUCUGUGAGAAGCUGUGAAUAAUAGAUUAUCUCGAACGGAGAUGAUCUUAAAUUGUACAUACGUUACGAAAUUUAUUCCAUUUGUUAUCUACGCACCAAUCGGGAUCGAUGUCUGUCGUGUUGUGAAUCGUUUAAAUAUAGGGUGGCUCAUUUUCGACAAGUAGGAACGGCACAUUUCAAAAGAGCUCAAAAAUGAGUGUGAAAGAUUUUUAUUAUAUAUUUCGAUUCAUGUUGAUCUAGAUAAGUUAACGAUUAGUUGCCAAAAAAAUUCUACAAGUGACAUCUUCUUAUCACCAAAACAAAGCUUCUUUUCUAUUUUGAACACUGUGAUUUCGGAUCUUGUUAGCCCGAUAUAAUAAAAUCUUUCGCUCUUAUUCAUAUGAAUAUUACGAAAAACGAUCUUGGUCGACAUAAUUGACUUUAUUCAUGAAGCCUUCAAGCUCACCCGAUCUAAUACCACUAGUUUUUUAUUUGAAAAAUUCAAAAGUAUUGCAUACUACAUCAGAUUUAUUUUUAGAAUUUAGCUAAAGUUUGGAUUUAUGUCGACUUUGAUCUAAAUUGGCUCUCGCUGUGCCAUUCUCCCAAUGAUUACGAACAUAAUUGAGUACCGCUGGAAACAACGAAGCUUCCGGAGACUAACUCGAGCGAAUUAGACACCGUUUAAAGGACAAAGUCUUCCCAACAAUUAGCCACAAAUGGCGGACAAAAGCCAGAAAUUUGUUCAAACCCGCUUCCACUCAUUAAAAACCAACUGGAGAACCCUUUUCUACCCUUUUCUCGGAGUCUCAGACGGUUAAUAUACAUUUCUUCGCAUAUCGAGUUAACUUCGCAGCACUUUUUGUUCGUCAACUUCGCUAAAACUGUAAACUUUCCGACACAGAAUCCACUGACAUAAUUUAUUUCGAUUAACUUUCUCUCAUUCAAGUUUCUGUGCUUUUUUUAACCUCAUUUCUAUGACGCACAUUCGGGCAAUUUUGUCAUAGAGUUGUUGAUACUUCCGACCCACAGAGAAUUGAUUACCGGACUGUCAGCUCUUUAUCUUCCCGUUAAAAAUCAACCAGUGUAAAAAACGCUAACUUUGAUUUCUAUCAGAAUGAAUCAAAUAUUCUGACGUACCUUCAACGCACAGAGAAUAAUCAUAAAAGGCAAUUACCAUAAAAAUCCAUGCUUUUUAAAUAUUCAGAAAUUCCUUCGCGAGACUCUCUAAUUUAAUGGAAAUUUGUAUUGAUAACCAAAAAUCAUUCUUAUGCUUCCUAGACGGCAGUGCCUAAAAUAAAUCACUUAAAUUGUUGAAUUUUUGUAAGUUACUUAAUUUUAGUUUAGGAUAAGAUUGUAGGCAGAUUUUCUCAUUUUCUAAAUGACUGAAUGAAUGUUCUGGAUGAUUUUUCCAGAAUUUAGGGAAUUAUCGCAAUUUUUUAUCUUUAAUAGUAUUAUGACAUGAUUUGGACUGAGUAUUAUGUUACUUAAGCCAUGGUACUAUUGUAGACAUUUUGAUUUUGUUUACGAAUGUAAAUAAUUAUGUAAAGGUACAAUUCACCGUAGGAUAUUAUCGCGUUUGAGUUGACAAAAACGAUUGAACAUAUUGUACAGAAAGUCUUAGGUCUCAUUUUUUUUAUAAUUUUUGUUAACUUGAAAGCAACAGUUUUUGAAAUUGAUAAUCAUCUACCAUUAUUCUAAUGUGAUCGAAAAGAUAUAUAUUGUGAUAGAAUAUUGUAUUCAUCUCUUAAAUAAAUUAUCUUAUUUUUUA